AUGGCUAGCAGUAAAAUUUCAUCGAACGAUACUCAAGAUGUGCAACAAAAUGAUUCGAAUCAAACACAAGUUACUAUUGAACAGAAGACAGCGGAAGCCAUUGCAGCUAAUGGAAAAUUUCCGUCUACUAUUUCUAUCAUUUCACCACCGAAGCAAGAAAACAAUACGCAUGAACUAUCCCGUGAUCCUCCAGAUAUUUAUCCAGAAGCCAGAUGUUUGAUGUUCUUUCCAACAUCUGGUUGUAUGGGCUUUGAAAAGGUCAAAGUAUCAAAAGAGUUGCCUCCAAUUGAGAUCUUACGCGAGAUGAUUGCUUAUGAAACAAGCAUUCGAUUAUCGGAUCCAAUUCAAGAGCUAAUGGACGUUUAUCACAAAGAUGAGUCUGCAUUGAGAUUGAUACUCGAUCUCAUUCAACAACAUGUUGUGGAACAUUUUGAAUAUAAUGAUUUUAAUGCAUUACGUACUGCUUUAUAUCGAUUUCCGGAUGAUCCAGCACUGGCUCAACUAGCUGACCUCCAUUUCGGGCGUCUGCUGAGCGAAUUAACGCGCUAUUUCGCUCGCAUGCGUCUGCUGAAAAUACAAAUCAACAUAAUGCCAAUUGGUACGCUUCAAGUAAUUAUUGUUGAAGGAUGUGAUCUUAAAGAUCGGGAUCUUGUUGAUGAUGAUACAAUUUAUUUUAAUGUUUAUGAUACUGAUAUUGGUGAUCGAAAUUCAAUUAGUAUUGGUAAAUUUAAAUGGAAACAUGUUUUUGAUGAAUGGGUAAAAUUACCAGCUAAAUUAGAUUUAUCAUCUCAUGGAGAAAUUCAUGUUAUUAUGAAUUUUAUAGGAAGUUUUUUUUGA